GCGCGCGGCGAGUGACAGCUGGCCAAUGGGCGCCGCCGACUCUCCCGUGCCGCGGCGCGGGGGGUGGGGAUCUCCCCGCCGCCGCCUGAGGAAUGUCAACUAUUCAACAUGGAGACGGCGGUUACCAGGCUCGAGACCCUGUUCCAGAAAGCAGAAUCUGAUCUGGAUUACAUUCAGCGCAGAGUGGAGUUUGAAAUCAUGAAAAAUCUUCCUGAGGAUACACCAGCAGAGGAGGACCCAGCUGCCCUCCUGAAGGAGCUGCCCGUGCUGAAAUCCAGGUACCAAUCCCUGUGUGCCCAGAUGGAGGAGAUUUCCCUGGAGCAGAAGGAAUCCAUGGACAGCAUCCGAGCUGCCCUGCAGAAAACCAUGGAGAUGGUGCAGGCGCUGCAGCAGCAAACCCAGCUGGAGAACUCCCCUCUGUCAGCACAAGAACAGACUGCAGCCCAGCAGUUAAGCCUGAAAACGGGGAAAGAAAUGGAAUUUUCAGUGCAAGAGCCAUCCUCCCCAGGAUCUACAGACCCUGGCUCAGCUGAAGAAGCCCAGUUCAUCCCACUGACUAAGGAAGCAUUUCUGAGCGUGCCCAGGAGCAUCAGAAGCACUGUCAAGUUAGCAGACCUGAACACUUUUUACAAGGAGUUAUUUAACCAUUUCAUUGUACAGAACAACAGAGCAGCACUGAGUCUUUCACAGAUGAAAAACAUGAAUAUGAAAGCCACUGACUCAAGAAUUCGAAUCCUGGAAGAACUGGGGAUUGUAGAACUCAACAAACAAGGAAAUGUUAAAUUAGCUGUGUGAGAGAAAACUCAGAAACAUCCUGGAAAAUCUCCUGGGUUAUUGAGGAACAGGAAUUUCUCUGGAAGCAGAGUUCCACUGUAGGGAAGUUGUUCAUGUUUCUGUAUAAAUAUUCUGUUGGUAACACUUGAAAUUGGAGAGUUCAAGGUCAUUGAGGUUGGCACUUUACCUUGGCUGUAAAGGGAUUUAUGGUGGGAUUUUUUUUAUGAUGGGAUUUCUUUAAGGGAUUAUGGCUGAUGCAUUUUUAAGGAAUGUUGUGAGCCGUGUUCCACUUUCCUGCUGCGUUCCUGAGGGGGUUUUAAAGGCAAAUAAUCCAAGCCUCUUCAUUGUCCUUGCAUUCCUGAAUAAAGAUUUAUUUUAAUUUUGUUGAAGUGA